CAGGCAGGGAACAGAAAACCAAGGGAAAAGCAGAAUAACUGAUAAAAAGCAGAAAAAACCCAGGACACUCACCGUCAGCCGGGCUGCCACCACAACAGAAAGUUAGGAAUGCAUAGUCAACAGCUCCAGACAGGACGACUGAAGCUACAGACGCUGAGAAGGAAGAAGAGAAGAUCGUUCUGCAGCAGGUAAUCAUCAUCUUCAACAUCUGCAUCAUCUCCACCAUGAAGACGCUGACUCUGUCUGCACUUCUUUGUGCCAUGAUGGCUCUGACCAGAGCUGCUGCUCUUCCAGACACAGAGGAUGAACCUUGGACAGAGGAAUCUGCUGACUACGACACAGAGGAAGGCUCGACCGACUCAUGCACUCCAGGAAAGCCUUAUAUUGUCAAGACGUUCCCAUUUUGUCCAAGGGGUUGGACUGCUAUGAACGGUCGUUGUUUCUUCUACGUUGCGCGAGCCAUGAGUUGGGCUGUGGCUGAGAGAAACUGUAUGUCUCUGGGUGGACACCUUGCAUCUGUACACAACAUCCAGGAGUACCGUAAGAUUCGAGCGAUGAUAUCGAGGGCCACUCGUAAUCAUGGAGAAACAUGGAUUGGGGGAUCUGAUGGACAACAGGAGGGAUUUUGGUUCUGGAGUGACGGUAGUCCUUUCAGCUUUACUCCGUGGUGUCGUGGAGAACCUAAUAACAGUGUCGGUCGUCAGCACUGUCUGCUAAUGAAUUAUUCAGGUCCCACAGGUGCUUCACCUCCACUCUUCUCCUGCUGUCACUCGCCUCCUCCUCUGCCUGGCGGUGGCCACGGCUCUCCUUUAAUCCUUCAAGGGGCCUGUGCCUGCACUACGCAGGUUGUCUUUGGAGAGGAGAGGAAAGUAGGACAGGGUAGGAAUGUAGGGGAGACAGCAUGGGAGCAGAGAACAGCAGGAGAACAUGUGUCUUGA